GAACUUCCUUAUAGUUUUCACUUGUUAUUUCUUUCAUUGGUUGCACACGCUUCAUCUAAUCAUUAAACGGAUUAGAUUGUAGCAGAGCAAAGAUUUUAAACCUGAUUUCAUCCAACAACUUGGUUAUUGCUUUAUAGAAGUGGUGGUAGGACUGACUGGGCUAAAGGUUGUGUGGUCCUUAUAUCUUUAUCGUUCAUCGGGAUUGUCCUGUAGCACGCUGAAGACAACUUAAUUUGUGGUCUGGACAAACAGGACUAACCAUGAAGGCAGUCUGUAGCUGUGGGACGUUGCUCCUGCUCGUCCUCAUUCCCAGCUUCUGUCAGGGUGGCAACAUCUUGGUCUUUCCUACUGAAGGAAGCCACUGGAUUAACAUGGAAAUUCUUCUUAAAGCUCUACACUCCAGGGGUCACGAUGUCACUGUUGCACGUUCCAGCAAAAGUUGGUACAUCAAGGAUAACUCCCUAUAUUACAGGACUUUCAUAGUGCCAAUGGAAAAAAGCUUAAUAAAUGAAGAGUUUUUAAAAAACUUCCUUUCGGAGUACAUAAAGUUUGAACGGGGGACUUUACCUUUGACCAGUUUUCUCCACAUGUCACUUGGCAUUCUCAGCAAAAUUGUUGAAGUUCACAGUUCUCUGAGCGCAUUUGUCCCAGCCCUGCUGGAUAAUGCAGAGCUGAUGAGGAAAUUAAAUGAGACCAAGUUUGAUCUGGUUCUUACUGACCCAUGCUGGGGUAAUGGAGCGAUUCUAGCCAAAUAUAUGAACCUCCCUUUAGUUUAUAAUGUUCGCUGGUUAAUGCCUGAAGAAGCUCAUCUUGCCAUCGCUCCUUCACCAUUAUCCUACAUUCCUAUGACAGGGUCUGGCCACACUGAUAAAAUGACCUUUUUUCAGAGAGUUAAAAACAAAAUUUUUUAUAUAAUGAACCACAUUCAAAGCAAAUUCAUUACUAAGCAAGUCUACCAGCCACUUUGUGAAAAAUAUCUUGGACCUGAUUGUGACUUUGACCGUUUAAAAAUAGAUGCAGACAUUUGGCUCAUGAGAACUGAUUUUGUGUUUGACUACCCUCGUCCCACCAUGCCCAAUGUUGUCUACAUGGGAGGGUUCCACUGUAAACCUGCAAAACCACUUCCAGAACAUCUGGAGCAGUUUGUGCAGAGUUCUGGAGAGCAUGGAGUCAUCAUCAUGUCUAUCUCACUAUUUGUAAAUGAAUUUCCAGAGGACCUGGCCAAUGGGAUUGCAGCAGCUUUUGCUAAAUUGCCACAGAAAGUCAUCUGGAGCUAUAGAGGCCCCAAACCGUCCACUCUUGGUAACAACACCUUACUGGUUGAAUGGAUGCCACAAAAAGACCUUUUAGGACAUCCAAAGAUCAAACUAUUUGUGGCUCAUGGAGGAACAAACGGCGUCCAGGAAGCCUUGUAUCACGGAGUUCCAGUUGUGGGGUUUCCCCUGGUUUUUGACCAGUAUGACAAUCUGCUCCGUUUGCAAGAGAAAGGAGGAGCUAAAAUUCUUACACUGAAUAUGAUGGAAAAUGGUGACAACUUCCUGAAGGCCAUGCAGGAAGUCCUGAACGAACCGUCCUACAGGAUGAACAUGCAGAGACUCUCCAGACUGCACAGAGAUCAGCCCAUGAAGCCAAUAGAUACCGCCCUCUUCUGGAUAGAGUUUGUCAUGAGACACAAAGGUGCUGCUCAUCUGAAAGCCCAGUCCUACAAACUGUCCUGGUUCGUGUACCACUCUGUAGACGUAGUUCUGUUCCUGACUGGAGCGCUGCUGCUCAUGCUUCUGGCUACUGUCAUGUUUAUCAGGUGUUUAUGGAGGUCUGUGUGUAGACGUAAAGUAAAAUCUGACUAAUAUUCAGGAUUUUUACUUUAUCUUGACUGGAAAUACAGAAUUUCCAGUCAUUCCAGUUAUUUCCAUAAUUUCAAAGGAUAUUUUGAACUUUGUCAUUUGAAUUAGGAUACUGUUCUGAAAGAUUGUAAUAAAAUAAAUUGAUGCUUUGAUUGUCAAUUAAGAAAGCAGA